ACAUCCGCCCGCUUUAAAACUCUGAUCCCUGGGCUUGUCCGGACGAGUAUCACAGCUGAUCCUCUGUCAGAACCCGACCUACGGAUCUGGAACACACUCUCACGAGGAAUUGAAAAAGACACACGACAGCUCUUUUACAAACUCUACUGAUCCUCGUCAGCUUUCGGGAUGGCAGGGAAUGGGGCGCUGACCGGUCCAGGGUCUGAUGUUGCCUCCAGCAAAAGAACCGGAGAGGACUGUCUGUCUUCCACCAGCAUUCCAGAUUGCGCCAUCUGCCUUCAGAGCUGUGUGCACCCCGUCCGCCUUCCCUGCUGCCACAUCUUCUGCUUCCUGUGUGUCAAAGGUGCUUCUUGGCAGAGCAAGCGCUGCGCCCUCUGCAGGCAGCAGAUCCCUGAGGACUUCCUGGAGCGACCCGUCCUCCUCUCGCCUGAGGAACUGAAGGCUGCCGCGGCAGGUGGCGGUCAGCGCCUGGCUCACACGUGGUACUAUGAGGGGCGCAACGGCUGGUGGCAGUACGAUGAGAGGACCUGCAGGGAGCUGGAGGAGGCUUUUAGCCAAGGCAAGAAGAGCGCCAAGAUGUUGAUCGCCGGGUUCCUGUACACAGCUGAUUUUGAGAACAUGGUGCAAUAUCGGACAAACGAGCACGGGCGGCGGCGUAAAAUCAAGAGAGACGUUGUCGACAUUCCCAAAAAGGGUGUGGCGGGACUGAGGUUGGAUCCAGAGCCCGUGCCGCCGCCUUCGUUGCCGGCUUUCACAGCUCCACCGCGCAUCAGUUCCGCUGAUGGCGCGGACACUGUGAUCCAGUCUCUGGUUUCCCUUCCGUCUGCGAGGCCGCCGAUGCUUCUGGGACGUCACCUCAGUGCUUCUUCAUCUUCACCCCAGGUCCUGGAAGAGUCUUUCUCCCAGCUGUCGCUCAGUCAGACCGAGGACGGAGAUGUGGACGGGGAUGAAGACGACAGCGACACAGUGGUCGGCCUGUCCAGCAGUGUUGAGAGUGAGGGGGAGGAGAGACAGGACUGGACGUCGGGAGCGGUCAGAAGGACACCCAGGGGUGCUCCCCCUAGUUCUGAACCCCGUUCAAGUAGUCCAGAUGGACAGUGUGCCGUGACGGAGGUCUGACGCAGUUCAUUCGAUAAAUCUAUUUUUCAUAAAAUUCUAUUUCUCUUUCUCAAAAUGCGUCAACCUGUUCUGACUUAAGUGUUUGUGCGUCCAAACGCAGCCAGUGUCGCUUUAAUUUUGCACCCCCGGUGGGAUAUUAAUGUAGUAAACUGCACAAGAAAACGUCUUCAAUACGUGUUUAAACGAUAAUAUUUUGAAAACUAUUUUCCUUGAUGCUGUUGUUGCUUAUCAUGUGAUGUCACAGUCUUGCGCUGUUGCUCCUUUUAAAUGAACUGCAAUAACCGGAUGGUGAAUGCUGAACUAAAUAAAGAGCUUGAGCUCUCCAAGGCAAAUGAUUUAUUGGUGGAGCAAAGUAUCACCUACAUUUUCUGCUGAGUCAUGGUGUGUUGCGUGUGUGUGUGCGACGAGAUAAACAAAAAGACUGAGCUGACGAAGUGCUUGCUUUCACAGUAUAAUUCAACACAUUGCACCUGUGUAUCACCAAAUACACAAAUAAUAAUGGAGUUAUUUCUGUGUCUUUGCAAGACGAAGUAUUAUUGUAUUGUAGUGUUGAAAAAGAAAUGACCUCAUUCUUUGAGAA